AUGUCGGUCGACAAGACAAUCGAAGAGUUAAGCUAUACAUUAGCUCAAUUAGGUAACCUGGUUGGUCAUAUUAAUUCACAAAUUGGACAACUUGCAUCCAGGAUUAAUUUAACAUUAGAUACAUUUGAUCAAUCGGUAGCAGGUAUAGCUAUUGAUGCAGAAAUUAUGUCAAAUCAUGUUGCACGUACUAUAUCACAGGUACCAAAUGGAUGGUUAAUUUAUUUAUUAUUGCUAACAAUGAUUGCUGUAUUUUUAUUACUAUCAAUUACAUUAAUAUUGGGUACAAUAAAAAGAAGUUUUGAUGUAUAUGAAUUAUUCAAGAAAAUUUCUACUUCUGAUUCCGUAUUAGAAACAGGUGAUUGUUAUGGUGAAGAACAACGUAGAUUAGAAUCGAAUGAUAUUUUCAAACAAGAUCAUAUUUCAAUAUCCAUGGAUAUGGAACAUGAGCCAAGACGGGUUGGCCUCGAAAUUAAUGGCAGUAUUAAAAAGCGAAGAUUGCCACCAAAUAUAUCGAAACGUUUACAGUAUCAGAAUUAUGCGUCAUCAUUUAGCAAUGAGCAAUAUGGUAUCACAACCACAACAACAACAACCGGACCAUUAAAUAUUUCUACGACAACAUUUACAAAUAGCAUUGCUCAAGUUUAA